UGGCUCCAGUCCAGAAUAUCCAAAAUUCUCAACAAAAAAAAAAACGAAAACAUAAAGAACUCUAAAUACGGCGAUGUGCAAGUUUAGCACGCAAUAACAACACAAUAACUGUGCCGCAAUGGAAGCGACGGAAGACCAGCUAAUACUAGCCACUGGUGGCUAUGACCACACCAUCAAAGUGUGGCAGGCGCACACCGGCAACUGCAUUAAAACCAUGCGCUUUGUGGAGACCUCGCAAGUGAAUGCGCUGGAUCGUACGCCGGACAAGACACGCCUGGCUGCGUGUGGCUAUCAAUGCAUUCGACUGUACGAUUUGGAAUCGAAUUGCACGGCGCCGGUGAUCAAUUUCGAUGGUGUGCAAAAGAAUGUGACACGAUUAGGUUUCCAGGAGGAGGGCAAAUGGAUGUUUACCGCCGGCGAGGAUCAUCGUGUGCGCAUCUGGGACAUGAUCUCUGCUCCGCCGCAUUGUUCCCGUGUCUUUGACUGUCAGGCGCCUGUUAAUGCGGCCUGUCUGCAUCCCAAUCAAGUGGAAAUUGCAAUGGGCUCACAGAAUGGCGGCGUCUAUCUGUGGGACGUCAAGUCCGAGGAGCACGAACAGUUGGUGCCCGAAAUGGACGCAUCCAUACAAGAUGUGGCCAUCUCCCCGGAUGGACAUUACAUGGCGGCGGCAAACAACAAGGGCAACUGUUACAUCUGGCAGCUAAGCAUUAAUCCCCACCAGAAACUGAGCAUCAUUUGUCCCAAGAAGAAGAUACAGGCGCACAGUCGUUCGAUAUUGCGCUGCAAAUUCAGUCCAGACUCGCGAUUGCUGGUGACGACAUCAGGCGAUGGCACCGCAUGCAUUUGGAAGACGGAUGAUUUCACCAAAUGGCGCGAACUGUCCAUCGAGAACUAUUGGGUGUGGGAUGCUGCAUUCAGUGCCGAUUCCAAAUGGCUGUUCACGGCCAGCUCCGAUGGUAUUGCGCGCCUCUGGAAGCUCUAUACCAAAGCAUUGGCGCGCGAUUAUACGGGCCACAGCAAGGCAAUUACGGCACUAUCCUUUAAAGACGAAAUUGUCGCCGAUUAGAGUCGUUCAUGCAUAGGUUGGCGAGGUAGGCCUUAGUGGUUUAGCAAUUAAUUUAUAUAGUAUAUAUACAUAUAUAUGUAUAUGCAUACAGUAAAAUAUGCCAAUUAAUUGUUUGCGCCAGGCAUCUAUUCUACUAUUUAAUAUCCUAAGAAAUCAUACGAAUCGUGAAAAAAACGCAAUGUUUAUAAUGAAAUUAACCACAAACUGAAAUUACUUCAAAUUUCAACUGUCAAUUAAUUGUUUGAAGUAGUUACAGUUUUUAGUUAGUCUUUUUCUCUAUAAACAUUGCAUUUAUUUACGUUUUGUUUUUUUUCUUAUGAAUAGUAAUUCUUAAAUUAAUAUUACUAGCAAACAACAAAAUUUAUAGACAACAAAUUUAAUGCGAGCAAACAAUUAAUUGACAUACACCAUUGACAUGUAUAUAAUCCACACACGAUAAACAAUAGGUCAAGAUAAUCGAGUCAUUUGCAUCUCCACGAUCAUCAUCAAUCCUGCUGGAUGGCUGACCAGCGAUGGGCCAAAAAACAAACAACAAAAA